ACAUCCAGCUUGGUUGUCUGUCCUCCACUCCCUUAUUUCCCUUUGCUUCUCAGUCAGUCACACCAGGGAACAUUCAAAACAGGAAAAUACUGCUCACCCUGUCACAUAUUUGGACACGACUGGUAACACAGAGUUUAAGGAAGGAUGGAUCGAUCAUGUGCAAACUGCUUGAAAACUCUCAUGAUAUUUCUCAACUUCCUGUGUUGGCUAUGUGGUGCGUUUGUGGUCGCCUUUGGCAUUUUCCAGAGUAUGCAUUCCAGGUUCGCCUCACUCGUCACAACCUUCUGGCCCAUCUACCCGGCUAACACCCUGGUGGUCACUGGCACCAUUGUUACCUGUGUGUGUUAUUUGGGGGUGUUUGGAGCCAUGAAGGAGAACCGCUGCCUCCUCAUCAGUUUCUUUCUCCUGCUCUUCAUCCUGAUGCUGGUGGAGCUGGCCAUGGCCUGUGUGUUCCUGGUGUACAGCAGAGUGAUUGACACAUACUUUGAGAAAGACCUCAUGAAAAGUUUGCAGAUCUACAGAGAGUCAGGUCCAGAGGAGAACAAGACCAUCAAAGAUGAUUUUGAUGCUGUCCAGCAUCUGUUUAGGUGUUGUGGUGUUCAUGGAGAAGCAGACUGGAUGGGUGACACCCCCAUCUCCUGUUGUAACCAGGAUCCCUGCAACUCCUCCGUCCAUGCCAACUGGCAAGAGGGUUGUGUCAUUAAACUGAGGAACUGGUUUGCAGGAAACUAUCGUUCCACCGGGGCUGGUGUCGUCACAAUGUUUAUAAUACAGUUCACGUGUCUCUGUUUCACCGUACCUCUCUUUUGCCACUUCAGUCGAAAUGGACUUGGUUACUUGUGAAAAGGACCCAAUAUCAAGGUCACAGUGACCUCCUCCAUUUUAUCUGAUUGUUGGUAUUUCAUUUCUAGAUAACAUAAGAGGUUGAUGGUAGGCUAGAGGUUAGCAUGUCUGCUGUGCAAACAAGAGAUUGGUGUUCAAAUCUCUGUGUGGAGUUUGCAUGUUAUAGGGGUUUUCUCUGGGUCCUUCGGCCUCCUCUCACAUCCUAUUUUAUGCUCAAUGGAGACUCAUUUUUUUUUUUAAUUUUUAUGUCCAUUAAGAAAGGUGGGCAUUAUCAUUAAAGGGGAUCUAUUAUGCUUUUUUUUCAGCCCUUUGUAUCAAAAUAUGGUCACUCUAGAUAAUAGGACUUGUACAAAAACGUAGACCAUUAAAAAAACGAAUUAUUGUAACUGUGAAAUUAAUAAAAUUGCUUGUAAAUUGCAUGAAAAUGUGCAUUGUGCAACUAGAACUUGAUUGAUGGCUGUUCGUACAAAUAACUUCUCUUUAUAUUUUUCGUUUAAGCCAGAAAAAAUUACGACACCAUUUAUUUGACUGGCUUGACUUUUUUUUUUUUUUACUUUUUAAUUUUCUUAAGUUAGUCAGCACUCUUGUUUUGGUCACUGACUAACAGUGGUGCCUGAACAUUGUUGCCAGGUGGAAAAAUGACCACUUUUGGUAUCAGAUUGUGAUUCAAAUUAAAAUUAUACUUUGAGGGAAAUUAUCUACAUGUCGUAUUUACUUUGCCUUACAGUAAAACAUCACCACAGACGGUGUAUUGUAUAGUUAAUAUUGUUUUAACCUUUAAAUAAACUACAAAACAGAAAAAAACAGCAAAGAGGUACGUUUUGUUUGCUAAGAAAAAAAGACUAAUCGAUGGGUGAAAGUGUCGUUAAAAUACAAUAUUUAUAAUACACCUGGCAAUCCAGUGCCUGCACUUCUUCGGCUGUUUGCACGGUAC